AUGUUUAAGCAGGAGAAUGGAAAAAAACUAGAAUCAACCAGACAACUGGUCGAUAAUGGUUCUAAUUCAAGCAACAAUACUGCUAACGGGUCCUUUACGGCGAAGGAUAAAAUUGACAGUAAUGACCUUGAAAAUCAUGAAACUCCAGAAGAUCCAGAUCAAAUUCCAUCUACAAACGAAAUUGUUGAAAAUUUACCUACCUUACCUGAAAAAUCUACUAAAGAUUAUUUAUCUACAUCGUUUUUCUGUUUAUUGAUUGCUUUCGGUGGUUUUGUCUUUGGCUAUGAUACGGGUACGAUUUCUGGCUUUGUGAAUAUGACGGACUUUAAAAGGAGGUUUGGUACUCUUGAUAAUGGAGAAUAUAUUUUAACCAAUAUUAGAACAGGUCUUAUUGUUGCGAUUUUUAAUAUUGGUUGUGCAGUUGGUGGUAUUUUUCUCUCCAAAGUUGGUGACAUAUAUGGGCGUCGUGUUGGCCUUAUGUUUUCGAUGCUUAUUUAUAUUGUUGGUACUAUUAUUAUUAUUGCAGCUAGCGAUAAAUGGUAUCAAGUGGUUAUUGGAAGGGCUAUUACUGGAUUGGCUGUCGGCUGUGUUUCAGUUCUCUCCCCAAUGUUCAUUGGAGAAUCUGCACCAAAGGUAUUAAGAGGUACGUUGGUUUGUUGCUUCCAACUCUUCAUUACUUUAGGUAUUUUCUUAGGGUAUUGCACCACCUACGGUACUAAGGUAUAUGAUGAUUCUCGUCAAUGGAGAAUUCCACUGGGCUUAUGUUUUGCAUGGGCAAUCUUUUUAACUAUUGGUAUGAUUUGUAUGCCAGAGUCACCUCGUUAUUUGAUUGAAAAAAACAAAAUUGAAGAAGCUAAAAAAUCUAUCGGUAUUUCCAAUAAGGUAUCGGCGGAGCAUCCAGCUGUCUACACUGAAAUUCAAUUAAUCCAAGCAGGUAUUGAUAGAGAAAAGUUGGCAGGUUCAGCUUCUUGGACUCAAUUAAUUACUGGUAAACCAAGAAUUUUCAGUCGUGUUAUCACUGGUAUUGUCUUGCAGUCGAUUCAACAAUUAACAGGUAACAAUUAUUUCUUUUACUAUGGUACGACUAUUUUUCAAGCUGUUGGAUUAAAUGAUUCUUUUCAAACUUCUAUUAUUUUAGGUGUUGUUAAUUUUUCUUCAACUUUUGUCGGUAUUUACAGUAUUGAAAAAUUAGGUAGAAGAGUCUGUUUGUUGACUGGUUCUGUUGCCUGUAGUAUCUGUUUCAUCAUUUAUUCGGUAUUGGGAUCCGUCGCUUUGUAUCCUGAGGGCUAUGAUGGUCCAACAGAUAAGCCAUCAGGUAAUGCGUUGAUUUUCAUUACCUGCUUAUUCAUUUUCUCAUUCGCCUCGACUUGGGCUGGUGGUGUCUAUACCAUCGUAUCAGAAAUUUACCCGUUGAGGAUUAGAUCAAAGGCAAUGGCUGUAGCUACUGCGGCAAAUUGGAUCUGGGGUUUCUUGAUUUCAUUUUUCACACCUAUGAUCACUGCUGCAAUUCAUUUCUACUAUGGUUUUGUUUUCACAGGUUGUUUAAUUUUCUCAUUCUUUUAUGUUUACUUCUUUGUUUAUGAAACUAAAGGGUUAUCAUUGGAAGAAGUUGAUGAAUUGUAUUCUCUGAAAAUACCAGCAUGGAAAUCUUCAGACUGGGUUCCACCAUCUACAGAUAAUAUGGCACAUGAUACCGGGUUCGCAUCCGAAGCGAAACCUUCUGAUGAACAAGUAUAG